AUUCCCCAACUGAGUUUUUGACGAGGAACAAGAAAAGGCUAUUCACAGGAAACUAAAAGAGGAUCAGCAAGAGCAACUAUGGCAGAGCCUAGCCUCUCGCCUCCCCGAGCAGCUGCGGCGAGCAACCAGGGUGUGGACUACGUGAUCUCGUUCCGGUUCGGAGGCACAGGUGCGUGUGCUUGCUUCUUCAACAAAGCGAGGAGUUCCAUCGAGUCCAAUUUCCCGCUUGAAUCGGUUACUGACAAAAGUGUAUCCUAGCCAGGGAGAAAGCUGAAGCUCAGUUUGAGAAGCUGAUUGCUGUCUUGGAUUCGGUUGGGCUUAGGACUGAGGCUCGUGAUGGCGCCAAUGGAUCUGUUCUCGUCUUCGUCACUGUUCGCUCUGAGCAGAGGCUUAUUGGUGAGGUUUACAGGUCUCGGUAAGCUAUGGCUCUCUAAAUGGUGGAUAGAAGCUUGGUAUCAUAAGUGGGCGCUUACGAUUGGGUUAGGGUAAAGGACUGGCUUUUCGGUGUUCGCCCUGCAGCUCCUGACAAGGAGACUCAAAGAUCGUUGGAUAAGGAGCCAUUGACAGAGGCAGAGAGAUUGAGAAUUGUUCACAAGUUGAUCACGUUGCCAGUGGGCGAAGGCGGUGCUGGAAUUACCCCCGAACAGGGUCCCUGGACUCUAGUGGAGAGUAUUUUCCCGUUGCAUGAUCACGAUUUCAACAAGGUGAAUCCCCAGAACCUGGAGGUGUCAAAACUGUUUUUCAGAGCCGUCACUAACCUCCUAUCAGAUGUGGUUGAAAGAUUGGUCUACUACUUGGAUAGUUUCAAUAGAGGAGUUGGAGAAAUUGAAAGAUCGGUUUGGAGAGAGGGUAAGUAGCUCCCAGAUAUCUCAAUCAGGGGACUGGCGAAAACUCAUAAAUGUGUAGAUUGCCUUCUACUUCGCUUUCCUACAAUCCUACCUUUCUUUCUUGGUUGUCGCAGCUACAAUUGGCGUGGGAUCCUACUUCUUUCUUUCCCAGUAUUCUCUCGCUUUCGCUAUUUCCAACUGCCUCUGGUCCGUCAUAUUCGUCGAGUACUGGAAGCGCCAGGAAGUCGAUUUGGCUGUCCGAUGGGGUGUUCGCAAUGUGUCACAGUUACAGAACAAGAGAGCCCAAUUUGUGCAUGAGGAGGAGGUCGAGGACCCUGUCACCGGGGAGGUGGUCAAGUUUUUCCCCGCUUGGAAGCGCCUCUGCCGUCAACUCCUGCAGAUCCCAUUCGCCUUGGGAGCUAGUGGUAUGCUCUCGGCGUUGUUUGCAGUUGUUUUUGUAAUUGAGAUCUUUAUCUCAGAGGUUUAUAAUGGGCCAUUCAAGUCCGUUUUGGUAAGAGCAUGCUCUGCUCAUUGUGCCGGCAUAUGCGCUGACUGACAACAGGUCUUCAUUCCUACCGUGCUAUUGACCCUAUUCGUUCCAAUCCUCACAUCAAUCCUCACGAAAAUUGCAGCUGGCUUGACGGAAUUCGAGAACUACGAAAACGAAUCAUCCCAGGAAGCGGCAAUGACCCAGAAAAUCUUUGUUUUCAAUUUUAUCUGCUCUUAUGUCCCGCUUUUCCUCACUGCAUUCAUAUACGUCCCCUUCGGUAACCUCAUUGUGCCCCACUUGGACGUUUUCGGCUUGACCGUCCACUCUUUCACCGAAGACGAGAAACCAACGGCAGCCCCAGUAUUCCAGGUCAAUACUGAUAGACUGAGAAAGCAAGUCAUCUACUUCACUGUAACUGCGCAGGUUGUCAACUUGGCAUUGGAAACCAUCGUUCCAUAUGUCAAGAGGAGAGUUUUCAGAAAGGCCAAGGAGUUCCAGAACAGCAGAAAGGGUUAUGAGGAUGCAGGAAAAGUCAGCGACGAGGAGGAUGAGCAUGCAUUCUUAAAGAGGGUCAGGGACGAAGUGGAGUUGGAUGAAUACGAUGUGACCGCCGACCUUCGGGAAAUGUGCAUGCAGGUUAGCUUCCAAUAUCCUAACCCUAAUUACUUUCCGGCAUCAGCUAAUAGCUUCUCCGUGUUAGUUUGGAUAUCUGACUUUGUUCUCCCCAGUUUGGCCUUUGGCUUCGGUCUCAUUCUUGAUUAACAACUGGAUCGAGCUUCGAAGUGAUGCCGCGAAAAUUUGUGUCGAGAUGAAGAGGCCUGUUCCACAUAGGGCCGGUUCUAUAGGCCCGUGGCUAGAGUAGGUUCAAUCCUGCUCUGUUGUUAGCCGGUGAGCACUAAUCGGUGGAUAGCAACCUUGCCUUCCUGUCCUGGAUGGGCUCUAUCUCUUCGGCUGCGCUCAUUUACCUAUUCUCCGAACCUACUACCGCUGCGGGGACUCGUAAGGAUCUUACGCUCUGGGGAGUUCUUACUGCCAUUAUUUUCUCGGAGCAUAUAUACUUCGCGACCAGGCUUGUAGUUAGAACCGCAUUGUCCAAGCUAGAUAGUCCAGGGCUACUCAAGGAGAGACGUGAGCGGUUCCUGGUUCGCAGAAGAUUUCUGCAGGAGAGCCUCGGUGUCGAUGAGGAGACGGAGAUUCAUGAGCUGAAGAAGAUUGACUAUGGUGCUCAGGCUGCGCCAACCGGCAGCAGUGCACUCUGGGGUAAGCAGCGAGGGCCUGAAGAAACGAUUGCCGUUGGGAAGGAAAUUAUCGGGGGUAGUCUGAGCAAGAAGACGCAAUAGGGGCCGAUGCCGGGUGAUCGGAGGGUGUUUGGUGGAGGAGCGCCCUAGGAUGGGGGUGCAGACGAAGCAUGCUCCCAAUUUUUUUGUUUGCGGUGAUCCCUGCCCUUCGGUCUGGCAGUGUGGAAGCUGACAUGCAGUUCCCGCAACGCCUGCUAUCUCGAGUUUUACAUGUAUCCUUUUUUUUCUUUUUCCUUUCUCUUUUUCUUUUUUCACAUUCGAAUUGGCAAUCGAAGAUGUCCCAUCUAGUUAGCUUAUUUCGCCCAAGAAUCGCACAGCAAAUGGGAAGAGAGGGGGAGGGGAGGGGAGGGUAGAAGAACGGGAGGAUAUCCAGGAGCAAAUUUUUUCAUGCCAGAUAUAUUCUCACACUCGAUCUUCCCAAAAACUGUAUGCGGGCCAAGCGUUCCCCGGGCAACACUUGCAUGACGCACGUGGCGGUCUUGGCAUGUAAUUAAGCUUUCCCUCUUCGCCCGGCACCAAGGCGAAGGGAGCAGGGGUGUCUGUUGCGGGAGAGCCCGGCCGAUUUCCGAGCCGCCGUGAGGGCGCGCCUAUUGGCUGUGGGGACCUCUAGGGUACUCGUAGCAUUGGGGAAGGUUCGUUAUUAUUGCAUACCGGCAGCAUUCGGUAUAUGGCUGGACGAUACGAUACCGGU